AUGGCAGUUGAAAAGAACCUAGUUAUAGCAAGUGGUCAGUACUGUAAGAAGAAAGGGAAAUUGUGGACCUAUAUUAGCCCAGGUGGAAGUAAAUGCCAACUGGAUUAUAUACUAAUAAGGAAAAAGUGGAGGAACAGCUUGAAUAAUGUUGAGGCGUAUAGUACUUUUGCCAGUGUAGGAUCCGACCAUAGAAUAGUAUCUGCAAGAGUCCGUCUGAGCCUUCGAAAGAGCAAAACCUUGGCAAAAGGAAAACAGCACGAUUGGAAACUUCUCAGCACUGACAACCACCUUCAGAAGCUAUACAGCAUUGAAGUCCGCAACAGGUUCCAGCCCCUAGAGAAGGAGGAAGAAUCAGCUACCGAGAGGUAUGAGCGAUUCAUAACAGCACAUAAGGAGGCUACUGAGAAAGUUAUCCCAGUGAAAAAGAAGACAAGAAAGUUGCAUUUUCCCAACGAUACACGUGUAAUCAGUGCUAGAAAUAAGAUCAAUAAAGCCUACAUGGAGUACCAGAAAGAUACAAGUGAUGAAAAUCGGCAGAUCUACAAGCAAGCCAAGCACAACCUUGAGGAAGCAUACAGUGUAGUUAUAGAAGAAGAUCUUGAUAGUAAACUAAAAGAUGUGGAGAGAGCGCAUGCCAACAGUAAACAUGGGCAGAGCUGGAGACUCAUAAAUGACAUAACCGGAAGGAAAGCAUCCCCGAAAGGGCAGUUAAAAGGAGACACACAGAAAGACAGGGUCAUAAACUGGUUCAACCACUUCAAGAAUCUUCUUGGAAGCCCUCCAGAUAUAGAUGAUGAGGAUGAAGAAAUUCUGCCUAUACUAGAGAGUCUGAACAUCAAGACAGGGCCAUUUGAUCUUAAAGAAUAUUCAAAGGCAAUAAAGUCACUAGUAGAAGGGAAGAGCUUUGGGGAAGAUGGCAUACCACCAGAGGUUCUAAAAAGAUGUGACCUGGAUGAAAUCAUUCUGAGUUUCUGCAACAACGCUCUGAUCAAUGAAGAAAAGCCCCACCAAUGGUCCAUACUGAAUAUUGUACCAAUACCAAAGUCUGGAGACCUGAGCCAAGGAGGAAACUAUCGAGGAAUCAGUCUAAGCUCCAUCGUGGCCAAACUUUCAAUAGAUUGA